AGGUGUAGAUUGUGUGUGUGUCGUUUGAUUCUGUGUGCAUCAUGCAUCUCAAUGGAGCAAGCAGCAGCUGAUCUAGACGGCUUGAUUUGCUGGAUGAAGGUGGACGCUUAGGACACAACAGGUUAUUGGCGUUUAUUAACGGAGAGAAAUACGAUGUCUGCGAGAGAAAGACUGAAAGGGAAGAUGAUAAAAGAGAGCGUGACACUGCUGCCAUGCUUUUAUUUCGCAGAGCUUCCUCUCCUGGUCUCAUCUAUGGUCAGUGUGUAUUUUCUGGAGUGGACGGACAUUUUCAAACCGGUCCGCUGGGGUUUCAGCUGUCACGACCGCAGUCUGAGUCUGCCUUAUAUCGAACCCACACAUGAGGUUAUCCCCUUCCUCAUGCUCCUCAGCCUCGCUUUCGCAGCUCCUGCUAUUACGAUCAUGAUCGGAGAGGGGAUUCUGUUCUGCUGUCUGUCCCGAGCGCAGUGCAGAGGAGGAGCUGAAGCCGAUAUCAACGCCGCGGGCUGCAACUUUAACUCUUUCGUCCGGCGAGGUGUCAGGUUUGUGGGCGUUCAUGUGUUUGGCUUAUGUGCCACGGCUUUGAUUACCGACAUCAUCCAGUUGUCGACAGGUUACCCCGCCCCCUACUUCCUGACUGUCUGCAAGCCCAACUACACUCACCUCAAUUCCUCCUGUGACGAAAGUUUCUUCAUCCUGGAGGACAUCUGCUCAGGAUCUGACGCCGCUGUCAUCAACGCCGGCAGAAAAUCCUUCCCAUCACAGCAUGCAACGCUGGCUUCCUUUGCUGCCGUGUAUGUCUCGAUGUAUUUCAACAGCACGCUAACAGACUCAUCCAAACUGCUGAAGCCUCUUCUGGUGUUCUCCUUCAUCAUCUCUGCCAUCAUAUGUGGCCUAACCCGCAUUAUUCAGCACAAGAACCACGCCAUUGAUGUUUACCUGGGCUUCCUGCUAGGAGGGGGCAUCGCUGUUUAUCUAGGUUUGUUUGCUGUAGGAAACUUCCAACCGAACAAGGAGAAACAGACAAGUCAGCUUCACAUUCGCAAUUCUCAUCGAACUAUGGCUGACCUUUGCCAGCAAGGUCACCACCUACCUGCCAAGAGCUGCAGUGGCAGCGAUGGUCUCUCAUCUUCCUGCUCCGAGGGCAUCCUGCAUCGCAACACCCAACACCACCAGGCUGGAUCUCUUAGCAGCCUGAAAAGACCAAGUGGAGAUGUGGAGGUUAUCACCUGCAGUCCUCCACACAAGCAGAACAUGGUGACAUUCAACACCUUGCCCAGAGUGCAUACGCCUGCCAUGGACGAGUCUGCUUUCCGCAACGCCACCAUCCACACCUCCUCUGUAGAUUCAAGUCGAUCGAAGCAGCUGCUGAUGCAAUGGAAGAGUAAGAACGAGAACCAUAAACACUCCCUGCAUGCCAUGGAAGGCGGACCAGGACUGUCCCCUCCAAACAGCAUGGACAUCCGCUGCAAUUCCGAACCCUCAGCUGUAGGAAUCAAUGGUGAACAUCAGGGACCUGGAACCCCAUACCUAAAAAUGGCCACUGGAAGUACAACACUACCAAGCAACCCCAGUGGAAUUGCUGGCGGUGCUCGGAUACCCAUGCAGUCUCGGCCUGGUUCCUCGCAGUUGGUGCACAUCCCAGAGGAGACACAGGAGAACAUGGGUGGCUUGCCAAAUACCAGUAAUGCCCGGGACAAAUGGCUUAAAAGCAUAGAGAAGACUGGGGAGAAGGGUGGGGAGGUACCGGUGGUUAGGACUAACUCUAAUGGCCAGCCGCGCAUCAUGCAGGUCAUUGCAAUGUCCAAGCAGCAAGGUCUCCUGCAGGGGAGCUCUCCCAGUUCUGAGAGCAGCAGCCACACCAGCUCCACUGCACCUCUGCAGCGCUACAAGAGCCUAACUGAGGAGUCUGGAGUUCAAGGCAGCACUGGAGCCAUCAUUCGGGUGGAAGCCCAUCCAGAGAACGGCCGACCCCUGGUGCAUGCGCACUCCACGGAUGGAAGUGGCUCCUGGACAUGGAAGUCCCAAAGCAGCUUCAGACAGUCAUUUGAGCUCAAUGACUUGAAUCGAGACUCGGAGAGCUCAGAAUCCGUGAGGGAUGGGAACAGUUCUACGGACAGAAAGAAGAAUGGCUCUAAUGCUCCUAAAGUCGUCGCAGUACCAACUGUCCCUACAUUAUCUACAGCAGGUAGUGACCACCAUCCCAACCAGACCAUUUCCACCAUCCAGGUCACUCCCAUGGAAAUGACUGUAUCUGGUCCAGAGAGUCGCGAUUCGAGCAUGCGCAGAAAAACCAGAAUCCUUAUCCCUGAAAGAGGAAACAGUCCAGACAAUACCAGGAAUAUUUUUUACAAGGGAACAUCCACCACCCCAGUUUUCAAAGAGUAGUCAGUAAUUAUCUUGACAUGAACAAAAAAAUUAAGAAACCAGAAGAGGUUGGGUGUUGUGUAGACACAUAUGCUAUGUUUUACACAUCUCCAAUGGCAUCACCUGUUAUGCAUGAGAUUAUUCACUGACCUAAAAUUAUAUGGUAGCAAGAAAAGCACAAAAUCCAGAUUUUGGUCAGAAUUUUGUUUACAUAUGACAGUAUAUCAUAUGGAAAUGGUCUUACCUUUAGUGAAACACUGUGAAGCUGGAACUGUGACCGUGCCAAGAUUGAACUGCAACACUGUAUUUAAGUAUUUAACAUCUCAGAUAUCUUAAAAGAUUUUCCAUAUAGUCAUACUUCCACUUAUUCAUACACUGAUAACUAUGCUAGCUGAAACUCUUAUUUUUGUAUUCUAUCAAUAACUUUUAAACUUGGUGCUGUCCAAUUCUGAGAACAUUAAAAACAAAAAGUUAAGAAGAAAAUAGAAAAAAAUAGUGCAGUGCACUCUUCUGAAAACUGUCAUUUGAAAUUUCUUAUGACCAUAAGUGCUUAGAAUAUUCUCUGUAGCAAAAUGAUAGUCAUUAAAUGACAUGCACUUCACGUUUACUACUUGCAAUACAAAUACUUUACAUACUGUAUGUACUGUAUCUGUAGAAAUGUGCACUUAAAUGCACAUUCAUGUAUAUUUUAUUAGACACAUAAUAUUGUAUGUAUCAGUGUCUAUCCAAAAGAGAAAAAUAAAAAAAACCUAAAUUUUACGUACAGAUAGCAAUGAAUACUAAUGAGAUUUAUUACUUCCAUUUAAGACUAUUAUUGUGAAAAAAACAAACAUUAUUAUUGCAACUAAUGUCUAUCUUCCACUCUUUUCUCAAAUGUAUAUUUGCAUAACAGAAUUAAUUUUACUUGUUUCCCUUCAAAUAAUUCUGAAUUCAUGUCAUAGUUAUUUAAAGGUUAGCUGCAUUAGUAGCAAAACGAUAUUCCACGUUGAUUUUCUAACUGUGGUUAUUCCACUGUGAGCUCCAGUUUUUUAGCCAAACAAUCAUAUUAAAUGUUUUAUACUGUAUACACUUGUGUAGCCGCACACUAAAUUUUUUAAACGGCUUUACUGUUCACAAAGAGAUUUGCAUUGAGCGAGAAGUGGCUCAUUAAAUCUAGUGUCAUCUUAGCUGUUAAAAACUACAGCAGUGACAUUUAAUUCCAUGAUCAUUUACUGUGUAAUUUUUUAUAAACUGUAAAUGAAUGUGCCAAAGGGUAUUUUAAAGGGAAGAUUCAGUUUUGAAACAUUUCUAUAGAAGUCUGUAUUCUUAUAAACCACAAACUCUUUCAGCACAGCUGUAGCCAGUGCAUGGUAGUUUGAUAUUUCACAUUUAUUUUUGGUUUCCUUUUUGUAAAUUAUGCAUUUGUGUAGCAGCUGCAUAUGUGAUUAUUUAUACUGAAUAUAAAUGACUUGUUGACAAUCUUUAUAGAUAAAGUCACACCAGAAUACACUGUAUGUUAUCUCUAACAUGUUGAGAGAUUGUUUAGAUACCCGUUAAUGUGCACUAACGAUUUUAGAAAUUCAUUAAGCAUGCUGGUAGCAGUUUGUGUUUUCUGAGGAAAGUUUUACACUGUAGCACUCUGUGUAACUGUCAUCGACACAGUGACAUGAGGUUCAGUUUGGAUAGGAAUGAAUCCAGUCGAACCUGUUACAGUGAUGUUACGUGUUAGUGUUGCAGCGACCAGACAGAAAAAUAAUAUCAAACUUUGUUAAUGUAUGUCACCUUUGAGAAUACACACAGUUUGUUUCUAUCGUU